UCGAUGUUCUCACGCACAACAUCAGAAACGAAAUGGCUGAAGAGGAGGUCGAGCAAAGUUCUGGAAUUCUUCAGGAAAUUUUCACUUCGCCUCUGAACAUUAGCUUGCUAUGUCUGUGUUUAUUCCUACUGUACAAAAUCGUCCGCGGAGACAAGCCUGCAGACUUUGGCCCGGUUGAAGAGCCGCUGCCUAAACUAAAGAAAAGAGAUUUCACUUUAGCAGAACUGCAAGAGUACGAUGGACUGAAAAACCCAAGAAUCCUUAUGGCUAUCAACGGAAAAGUGUUUGAUGUUACAAGAGGCAAGAAGUUCUACGGGCCAGAGGGCCCUUACGGGGUAUUUGCGGGCAGAGAUGCAUCCAGAGGACUGGCCACGUUUUGUUUGGAGAAGGAGGCCUUGAAAGACACUCAUGAUGAUCUUUCAGAUCUCAAUGCUAUGCAGCAGGAGAGCCUGAGCGAGUGGGAGACCCAGUUCACACAGAAAUACGAUUAUGUUGGGAAGCUUCUUAAACCUGGAGAUGAACCAACAGAGUACACAGAUGAUGAGGAAGUCAAGGACAAAAAGAAGGACUAGAACAUGGAGAUCACAACAAACUAGCUCUUCCAUUCAUCUGUAUGGCCCAGUUUUGUUGCUGAUAGCUAAUUUUGACUGUUUUGUCUGAACCUCCUUGUCAUUUCAUAUACAUCAGUGUGACCUUAAUUAGCACGUCAUGUGCUCAUAAACAAUUUCAUAUCACUGCAUUCAUACAACUAAUGUAGUAUAUGUUGUAUCUACAGCAACUGUGACUCAUAAUCAUUUGAAGAAGUAAAUAUAUUCUUUAGGAAUGUAUGGCUUGCUGUAAAUAUGGGACACAAUUUCCCACUUUUUUUUUUUAAUUGUUGACUACAGAUUUUUAUCUAACCAGAGAACAUUUAAACCAAAUAUACAGAAACAUGAAAACACACUAGAAUGGUUUUAAAUGAGCGUCAUAGUAAAGGUUGGAGUGGAGACUUGUCAGACUAGUUUCCCUGAUACAGAUUAAAACAAGGCCCAAAGUGGGUGUUCAAGCAAAUUUAUCACAUACUAGUCUUAACAUCUGCUCAGGAAGUUUGUAGAUUAGAUGCAUGUAACAUUCCAUGAGAUUAUGUUUGCAACUUUUGUUACCAAGACAAGUAUUUGCAAACCUUUUCUGUUCAUAAUGUUCAUCAUUAAAGAAUUAUGAUUUAUUA